AUGUCAAGAAUCUGCAGGAAAAUUUUGAUUUACGUUGAGUCAGUAGAAAAUUAUCUUCAACAAGAAGAGUUUGAAUCAAGAAAAUCAAUGUUGUUGAGAAGCUUUUCUAGUUCUGUGGUCCACAAAUCGUCUUCCGUUUUGCAAUGGGAACGAUAUCCUUCCAUGGCUGUUUGCUUCAGUCCAGCUUUCCUCAGUUCAUUGACCACCAUGAAUCGUGGGAAGAAAAGGGUUCUUCGUGCUCCGCACCUAAGUCUUACUGCCCCCUUCUCUUCCUUGAAUUCCGAAGUCUCAGCUGAACCCGGCCUCACUAUGCCCUCAAAACAAGGUCCUUUGAAACCAGGCUUGUAUCUAGUAGGAACACCUAUCGGCAAUCUUGAAGAUAUAACUUUACGAGCUCUAAGAGUUUUGAGAUCAGCUAAUGUUAUACUCUCAGAAGAUACAAGGCAUUCUGGGAAGUUGCUUCAACAUUAUUCCAUCAGUACACCACUGCUGAGCUAUCACAAGUUCAAUGAAUCUCAACGGGAACAACUAGUUUUGAAGAGAUUGAAAAAUGGUGAAAUCGUCGCUUUAAUUAGUGAUGCUGGGACACCUGGCAUCAGCGAUCCUGGAACAGAAUUGGCCAUGUUGUGUGUAAGUAAUGGUAUUGAUGUUGUUCCUAUUCCUGGGCCUUCUGCUUUAGUUACGGCCCUCUCGGCAUCUGGCUUGCCGACAAAUGAGUUCACAUUUGUUGGUUUUCUCCCUAAACAUGCUGGUUCAAGAAAGGAGAGAUUGACGCUUUCAGCAACUGAAGCAGCAACACAAAUUUUUUAUGUUCCUCCUCACAAACUUUCUCUGUUUCUUGAGGAACUUUUUGCGAUCUUUGGCCCCUUAAGGCGAUGUGUGAUGGCACGUGAGAUGACCAAAGUACAUGAAGAGUUUUGGCGAGGAACUAUAGAUGAAGCCAAACAAGCAUUCUCGGAGAACCAGCCGAAGGGGGAAAUUACAUUUUUGGUUGAGGGGAAGGCUGCUUCUGCUGAAGAAACACCAUCAGAAUCCCAGCUGGAGAAGGAUUUAGGAGAAAUGAUCUCCAAAGGAUAUAGUCUAUCAGAGGCAGUUAAAUUUGUGGCUGCAGGAACAUCAGUGAGAAGAAAAGCUAUAUAUUCUAUCGCACUGAGGAAAUUCGGCAAGCAACUUGAAUCAGAGGGCGAAUGA